AUGACAUCAAGAGAAGAGGUUGUCAUCGUAUGUGCACUCCGAACACCCAUCGCAAAGGCGAGAAAGGGUAAAUUCAGGAACCUCAAGAACGAUGAGCUUGUUACAGCUGCUAUUCGGGGCGUCAUCGAGAAGACUGGAAUAAAUCCGAAUGCUAUUGAAGAAGUUAUUCUUGGGCACUGCCUUUCCUCAAUGGAGGGAAGCCUAGCUGCAAGAAUGGGUGCUCUAAGAGCAGGGGUGCCUGUCGAGACGCCAGUCAUGACUGUAAAUAGACUAUGUGCAUCUGGAAUGGAGUCCAUUGGGCUUAUUGCGGAGAAGAUUAGAUCGGGGAAGAUAGAUAUCGGAUUAGCCGGGGGGUUUGAAUCCAUGUCAUCCCACGGACUUCCUAAGGAGUACAACCUGAGCAGAGACGGGCUGUGUGAAGAUGCAAUGGACUGCCUUCUUCCAUUUGGGGAGGUUUCUGAAAUGCUAAGCAAGUCUCUUGGUAUAACGCGUAUUGAGUCUGACGAAUAUGCGCUGACGAGCCAAAAAAGAGCUCUCGACGCCACAAAGAGGGGCUGCUUUACCAGGGAGGUGAUUCCAAUGAGGAUUGGAGGCGAAAGCGUCAAGGACGACGAAGGAAUAAGAGAAACAUCUCUUGAGGUGAUCAGAAAUCUGAAACCUGUAUUUAGGGAUGAUGGUAUUUGCACAUCUGCGAACUCCUCGCAGCUGUCUGAUGGUGCAUCUGCAAUACUUCUGAUGAGACGCAAAAAGGCCGAUGAGUUGGGUCUGCCGGUCAUUGCAGAAUUUGUUGACCUCGUUGUCACGGGGCUCAAGCCUAGAGAUAUGGGGUUAGGGCCUGUUGCUGCCAUUGAGAAGCUAUUGGAAAGAAAUAAUCUCAAGAAAGAUGAAAUUUCAUGCUUCGAAAUAAACGAGGCGUUUGCUUCCCAGGUUCUCUGCUGCCUCCAAAGGCUGGGGAUUGAUAGAAGCAAGGUCAACAAGUAUGGGGGUGCCAUAGCCCUUGGACACCCUCUAGGGGCUUCUGGUGCAAGGAUCGUCUGCACGCUGCUGAACGUCAUGGAGAACGAGUCAUCGGGAGAGUAUGGAGUUGCAUCUCUUUGCGUGGGCUCAGGAUAUGGAAUAGCUGCAUUAUUUAAAAAAUGCUACUAG